AUGGAGAAGGUUAGAGCUGUGGUGGUGUUGCCAUUUUUCUUUUUUUGGUGCUCUGAGGAUUCCUGGGUCAGAUCCUUUGCUCAACUGGUACUCAGGUUCUUAGCCUUCAUCUUCUGGGGCGCUGCUGCAGCUCUGACCUUUGGUGGAGUUUCUGGGAUACAGAUGCACAAGAACUAUGGAUAUUUAUUUCAGGAGUCUUUGUCUCUUCUUGGCUGGCUGGCUGUUGCAACUGCACUCAUCUUGAUACCUACAGGAGUUUUGGCUGUCUCUACUUCUACUAGGAGCUCCCGCUAUCAGCAAGGGGCUCUCAUGUACUUGCUGCUGGUUCUUCUUUGCCUAGAAAUGUCUUUGGCACUUCUGGCAUGGUUAUACUCUAUUCAGAUGGCUUCUGAGCUGAAAAGCAUUGUGGGUCACCUUAUCUAUCAGUACAAUGGAACAUACUCCCAGGGUCCUGGCAGAAGCGCUAUGGAUAUUGUACAGAGGAAGAUGCAGUGUUGUGGGGUCCAAAAUUACACAGACUGGCUAAAGGCAACACCUGCCUCUUGGCAUCUUCCUGGUGGAAUAGCUCGUGUCCCUGAAAGCUGCUGUAAGAAGUAUUCUAACUGUGAGGGUGACUUAGGCCAUCUGGAGCAGCUUUUUCAGGAAGGCUGUCUAAAGAAGCUAGAACAUCAGUUGCAUUUUGUUAUGCUCUACACUUUUUGGUGCUGUGCUGUGCUAAGUGUCUUAGAGCUGUUGGCUGGUGUCAGUAAUGGCAUCCUAAUGAGGCAUAAGCCUUUCCAUGACCUCCGAAUUCUGGAAUCUGCCUUCUCAUAG